AUUUGCAGAAAUGCUACUCUACUGUAUUAUCUUACUGACUUUGGACUCUAAGGGACGCUGUUGGUCAAUGCAUCACAGUCUCUAAAACAUUACCUCACAGUCUCCUCCCUUACUACCGUGUGCUAUGAGAGAAAAGAGGAUGGUGUGCAGUAUGCAGGCUGACAUUCGAGGACAACACACUGGCAUCAAUUGAUAUCUACAUUCAUGUAUAGAAAGUAAAUUGAAAAAAGGACGUAUUUUCUCUGAACUGGCACGGUCAGUGUUUUUUCAUAUCUCGUAUCUUGCUUGGAUCGUCGUGGAGCAUAUUUUUUCUUUUGCUAUGGCUUGUGGAAUACCACCCUUCUCUCUGUGCGUAACAUGGCGCUUUGGCUGCAGACAGAAUUUGCAGCUUCUCUUCUUCCUUUUUUAUCUCAGCCAUAUGGUCAGCGGACAUAUCCGAUAUUCAGUCCCGGAGGAGAUGAAGAAGGGAUCCCUAAUCGGUAAUGUAGCACAGGACCUUGGUUUGGAUCUGAAAAGGCUCCGCUCUGGCCGGGCCCGUAUCGUGACUGGAGAGAGCAUCCAGUACACCGAGCUGAAGACAGACAAAGGAACGCUGGUAGUGAAAGAAAGAAUAGACCGAGAGCAGCUUUGUGGAGACGUAACGCCGUGUAGUUUCAGCUUUGAGGUGAUUUUAGAAAACCCAAUGGAGCUACAUCAAAUUACAGUUGAAAUUACAGACAUAAAUGAUCAUUCGCCCACAUUCAAACGAGACGCAAUCCAAUUUGAAAUCAGCGAAAUCGCUAAUACGGGCGCUCGGUUUUCACUAGCGAGUGCAGAAGACCCAGAUGUGGGUGUCAAUGGACUUAAAGAAUAUAUUUUGACCGAGAAUGAUAAUUUUGUUCUGAAACAAAAUUCGAAUGCAGAUGGAAAGAAAUAUGCAGAGAUGGUGCUUCAGAAGCCAUUAGACAGAGAGACAAAUCCUAAUCUAUCUCUAAAGCUAAUAGCUGUAGACGGUGGAACUCCGCAGAGAUCUGGUACAGUAAAUAUAGAAAUUACUGUUCUUGAUGUAAAUGACAAUGCGCCUGUAUUUAAUCAGUCAGUGUACAAAGCUACUGUGAUGGAAAACGCUCCCAGAGAUACUUAUGUAACCACUGUUAAUGCUAGUGACGCAGAUUUCGGGUCAAAUAGUAUCGUGACGUAUUAUUUUUCAGAUCCUAACAGUGGUCUGGGGAAUUUAUUUAUUGUUGAUGAAAAAAGUGGCGUCAUUUUAAUUACAGGCUCUAUCGAUUAUGAAAAAGACAAGAAGUACGAGCUCAGAAUUGAUGCAAAAGAUCAGGGAGGUUUGACAGACUCGAGUAAAGUGAUAAUUGAAGUAACUGAUGUAAAUGACAACGCCCCUACUAUCAGCGUCAUGUCAUUCACUAGUCCUGUGUCAGAGGACUCUCCUCCUGGAACAACUAUUGGCAUUAUAAAUGUAAAAGACCUGGAUUCAGGUGAUAACGGACAAGUAAACUGUAGAAUAGAACAAAAUGCACCUUUCAAGAUUAAAUCUAAUUUAAGAAAUUACUAUACUUUGGUAACAGAUACUGUGUUAGAUCGUGAGAGUGUCUCAGAAUAUAACAUCACUGUAGUUGCAACAGAUGCAGGAAUGCCUCCUCUCUCAACAACAAGAACCUUUAAUUUAAAGGUCUCUGAUGUGAACGAUAAUGCUCCAGUGUUUUCACUAAGUGUGUACAGUGCCUUUAUUGCAGAGAAUAACUCUCCAGGUUUUUCUGUUCUCACGCUGAGGGCUAAAGAUCCCGAUGAAAACCAAAACGCCC